UCCAUGGAGGUUCAGUCCUUGGCAAGUGAUGAGAACGAAGUCCCCAUCGCCUAGAUCUCUAAAUUCUCUUCUCUCACACACAAACACCAAAACGAAGACUGACAAAGAAUCGAAUCAAGAGUGGAAUUGGAAUACAACAAGGGAUUUUGGGGUUCAUUUCCACCUUUUUUUAAAGAGUGAAAGUGAGGAAUUUCAAAGCCAUUUUUUUUUUAAAUAAAACUAACUGUAAUACAGCUAGAACAGUAGCAAGCAGGCAGUACUAUAGUUCAGGCUGGAGCAGUGAGUGAGAGCAUUUAUAUUUUGGUUGUUAAGUGAGAAUAGGAUAGGAGUAGAAAGGGUCCUUUUCUUCAUCAUCUGCAAAAACCAUUGAUUAUUAUUAGUGCAUCCUUUUCCUGCUUUUGAGGUCUCGCCGUCUUUGAAGUUCGGCUCUGCUCCUUUUGUCUAUUCAGAUUGGUGGCGCAUUAAAGUGGAGCUUUUACUAAAGAGAUCCGUAGCUGGAGAUUUUUUUUUCUUGGGAUGCUCAGGCUGCAGGUAUUUAAGUCUGGGUCCUGGAACGUAGAGAAAUCUUAAAAACUCUCACAAAACUGUGGCUGUACCUCCCUUCUGCCAGCGUGCUUGUUAUUUGCUUUCCAUUCUGAAAACUAGGUAAAGGUGACAAAUCAAAGUCAAGCGAAGGACAUAACAGCUAGGGAGGGUUUGAAUACAAAUCAACAAGUCAUUUUUGGGUCAUAGAGGAGAGCGAUUCUUCUUUCUUUUUUCCCAACUCGAAAGAUACAUUUCAAAAACAAGAUUUACCGGAUUUAGACGUUGCUUUUAGUAAAAAAACGAAGACAAUGUUGUCUCAGAAGCAAGCAGAAGAAGCAAUAGUAUCCAACUAUAGCGAGACAGAUCAACACGAGGGCAAAGAAGAAGAGAAAGAAGAGAACCACUCCAUUUUUAGUGUCAAGAGUGUUCUUUGGCAUGGUGGUUCUGCCUGGGAUGCCUGGUUCAGCUGUGCUUCUAAUCAAGUGGCACAAGUGCUGUUGACACUACCGUACUCUUUCUCUCAGCUUGGUAUGCUAUCAGGGAUAUUGCUUCAGAUAUUCUAUGGACUCUUAGGAAGCUGGACAGCUUACCUUAUAAGUGUGCUUUACAUUGAGUACAGAAGCAGAAAGGCGAAAGAGAACGUUAGCUUCAAGAACCAUGUCAUUCAGUGGUUUGAAGUGCUUGAUGGGUUACUGGGUCCAUACUGGAAGGCAGUAGGACUUGCUUUCAACUGUACUUUCUUACUAUUUGGAUCUGUAAUUCAACUUAUUGCUUGUGCAAGUAAUAUUUACUACAUCAAUGACCACUUGGACAAGAGGACUUGGACUUACAUUUUUGGAGCUUGUUGUGCCACCACAGUUUUCAUACCCUCUUUUCACAACUACCGUAUUUGGUCUUUUCUUGGUCUUGGUAUGACCACAUACACUGCCUGGUACAUGGCCAUAGCAGCUUUUGUUCAUGGCCAAGGUGAAGGAGUGAAACAUUCUGCUCCUACAAAGUUAGUGCUUUACUUCACCGGAGCCACCAACAUCCUCUACACCUUUGGUGGACAUGCUGUCACUGUGGAAAUUAUGCAUGCCAUGUGGAAGCCGCAAAAGUUCAAGUGUAUUUACUUGUUAGCUACUCUCUACGUGUUCACACUGACAAUUCCGUCAGCUUCCGCCGUCUAUUGGGCCUUUGGUGACGAGCUCCUCAACCAUGCCAAUGCCUUUUCUCUCCUCCCCAAGAAUGGAUUCCGUGAUGCCGCCGUUAUCCUCAUGCUUAUCCACCAGUUCAUCACAUUUGGGUUUGCGUGUACGCCAUUGUACUUUGUGUGGGAGAAGGUAAUAGGGAUGCAUGACACAAGGAGCAUUUGCUUGAGGGCACUUGCAAGGCUACCGGUGGUGGUUCCGAUAUGGUUUUUAGCUAUAAUAUUCCCUUUCUUUGGACCUAUCAACUCAGCCGUUGGUGCUCUUCUGGUUAGCUUCACGGUUUACAUCAUCCCAUCUUUAGCCCACAUGCUCACUUACAGAAAAGCCUCUGCCAGACAGAAUGCUGCAGAAAAGCCGCCUCCCUUUAUGCCAAGCUGGACAGCCAUGUAUGUUAUAAACGCCUUCGUGGUGGUGUGGGUGCUGGUGGUUGGUUUUGGGUUCGGUGGAUGGGCUAGCAUGACAAACUUUGUUAGGCAAGUAGACACAUUUGGGCUCUUUGCCAAGUGCUAUCAAUGCAAGCCACCAGCACCUCCAGCAGCAGCACCGCCACACCAUCGCUGAGUGAGCUGACUACAUUUAUAGCACAAAUCAUCCACGUGAUUCAGCUUAAGAAAAGAAUAUUUUCUGUUUUUUCUCUCCCCCCAUAUUUUGUAUCAUACAAAGGGGAAGUAGUAAUAUCUCUCCUACAUGUGAUGUUGUGCUGCGUUUUGCUUCUUUUUCUUUUCUUUUCUUUUCUUUUUGGUUUUACUUAAAUUAGUUGAUAAAAUUGUGUGAUGGAUUCUGAUGAUUCCUUUGCCCCUUAAAGGCAUAGGCUAGUUAAUUAAAUCAUAUAAAUAUAUGUUCAGUUUUCUUCU